AUGGCGCGCCCGCUCGCCCACAUGCACCCUCAGAUUUCUCAGGUUGCUUUAUUGAAUGGAAAUGAGGGGAAACUCCGUGUGGCCAUUGUUGGCGGAGGUUUGGCUGGACUCUCUGCGGCUAGAUCUCUUCAAGAGAAAAAUGUCGACUACGUGCUUUUCGAGGGAACUGAUCGUGUUGGUGGUCGUGUUAGGAAUACUCCAUAUCGCUCUGGAUUCAUCCAAUUCGGUGCAGAGUUCGUGAACGGAAAGUCGAAUCCAGUGUACGAGAUCGCGUCGAGGUUGAACUUGCUUGAUCGCUAUAUGGACGACGAGGAGCUUUUUACGGACGAUGUGCUUUAUGCAUGCGGACAAUCAGAUAUUUCAAAAAACGACAUCAAGGAGUUUCAAACAUUCACAAAACCACUCUCAGACAAGUUUGAAGAAGCUGGGAAAGAGGAGAUGACACCGAGUGUCGCCGAAAUGUUUUACACAGAGUAUGAGGAAUGGCUUCAACAGGAUAGUCAACGCCUGGCUCGUCGCCGAAUCUUUGAUCGUCUCUCAAAGCUGUAUCAGACUUAUUACGAGAAUGAAUGGAGUGCUCCAUUUGAUCAGCUUGCUGUGCUCAACUUGGAGCGUUGGGAUGAUUUCUCUGACGCAUUUGCUUCAUUUACUCUUGGACCUCAAGGAUUCAAGGCAAUCCUCGAUGACAUCAAAUCGUUCGUCAACGAGAAGAACAUUCGCUACAACUCGAUUGUGCAGAACAUUGACUACUCAGGAUCUAAAGUGCGACUCACGGUGACCUCUCCUUGUGUCAGUGAUCAGCCACUUCUGUUCGAUUAUGUGAUCGUCACUUGCCCCAUUGGUCACCUUAAACGCUUCUCAUUUUCUCUCUUCACUCCACCACUCCCAAAAGUUAAACAACAAGCAAUUGAAAAUAUUGGUAUGGGUAAUAUGAUGAAAGUCUUCCUUGAAUACGACGAAGAAUGGUGGCCAGAAGAGGUUGGAUCAAUCUUGGCCUUGCCUGAGACAACGAAUAACAAUAAUAGUAUAAGUAAUUUCAAUUACAAUGAACAUGAAAAGGAAAACUCGAAACCGAUGAAUUGGAAAAAAGUGAAAGAAGCUGAGAAAACGGUGAAGAUCAAAGAGACGUUGAGAGUGUUUCAGCCAUUGGAAUGGGAAAGCAAUAUGUUGGUUUGUUGGUUAGCUGGUGAUGGACCGGCAUUGAUUUCACAAAUUGAUGACACAAAACUCGCUGAGAUUGUGACGGAAAGGCUACGUGAAGCGCUCGUCGAUCAGAAAAUCCCGGCACCAAAAAGGAUACAAAGGAUGGAUUGGUACUCGCAUCCGCUUUUCCAUGGCUCGUAUUCAUUUCUUACACCCGAAGCGGCGGCAAUGGGUGAUCCAUAUGCGAUCAUGGGAGAACCAGUGAAGAAUUUCACGUCCGGAAAAACUCAAGUGCUCUUCGCUGGUGAGGCGACUCACUCAAAUCUUUAUCAAACCACUUCGGGAGCGUAUCUCUCCGGUCAACGUGAAGCUGAUCGAAUCUGCCGUCUCGAGAAUCUCAUU